AUCUGUGCCUCCCACGCAUUUAGUUUCCAUGGUGACAGUAGAGCUAAGAGGCUGGCUCAUAGUAAAUUGAAGAGAUGGUGCGAGUGUUUAUCAACCAUGUUGACUCCUACACAGGAAGAGCUCUCAGCAAGGUGGUGGGCAAGGCUGUUGUAGGAUCUACGCUGCAAAGGGAAGGGGAGGAAGAAGAAGGAGAAGAAGAUCCAUCGACGGUGGAUACAUACGAGGUGAUGGGAACUCUCACUAAACCUGACGCCACUAAACCUGACACUGUCACUCAAAUCAUACCUGAAUGUGGUCGUGAUGAGCUGCUAGCUACUCUGCUCGACUGUGAUAUCAUUGUCUACCACAUGACAGAGAAUACAGCACAAGUAGAGGAGGCCGGUUGGGUAGCUCAAGCACUACAUGACCGACUGUCAGGGUUCAUAGCUCAGAAAGUAUUCAUCUGUGUCUCGUCUGUCAUGACCUGGGCUCGCAGUAAACCACUAGACCCUGAUGAGCCAGACGUUCCUCUGAUGGAGGAGGACUAUCGACGCAGGAAGCACCACCCAAACUAUCAUGACCACAUUGCUGUCGAGAAACUAGUCACCAAACUAGGCAAAACUGACAAGACAAAAUUCAGCAGUUACGUUGUGGCAGCAGGACUCACUUAUGGAGAGGGGGAGGGUAUAUUCCACCAUCUGUUCAAGGCUGCCUGGCAAGGUGACCUCCUCUUACCUGUGUUUGGAGAGGGAGAGAACGUACUGCCCACUAUUCAUGUUCUGGACCUAGCUGCUAUCAUCCUCAACCUGGCUGACAACCGACCUAAGGGCCGCUAUAUUCUAGCUCUGGAUGAAUCGCACUCGACACUAGCUGAACUGGUGAGCGCCAUCAGUAGCAACCUUGGCACUGGGCGUACCAAACGAGUGCCUAAAGAAGAGGCACUACUGUACAGAGAUGUAUCGCAACUGGAGUUUGAUCAGCUACAAGUGAACCUUCAGAUGGAGGCAGGGGUAGCAAAGGAAAACAUGAGGAUCGAGUGGAAGUCCGAGGCUGGACUGGUUGAGAACAUAUUGAGUGUGAUCAAAGAGUACAAGGAGACCCGAGGACUCUUGCCUGUAAGAGCCUGUAUCCUAGGGCCACCUACCUCGGGUAAAACACUCCACAUAGGUCAACUGUGUCAGCACUACAAGCUGCACCACAUCAAGAUAGAGACUGUCAUCAAAGAGGCCAUACAAGAACAGGAGCGUCUGGUGGCACGUGUGGAUGAACCCACUGAGGAGGACGAUGGGGAGACUGACGCUCUAGCACAGGAAGCACAGGAAUUAUUGGACCUGCUCAAAGAGGACCUAGAGGCCAACAAUGGACGCUACAGUGAACAGUAUCUAUUGCAGUUCUACAAGAGCAAGCUCCUCUCGAUGCCCUGUCAGAACCAGGGCUUCAUUCUUGAUGGCUUCCCUAAAACGUAUGAACAAGCCAAGCAACUGUUUUUUGCUGAAGAUAACGAUGAUGAUGAUGAGGUGGGUUUAGAUGAGACCUUUGAGACCAAAGCUCCAUACAACAAGCUCAUCAUGCCCGAGAUGGUGGUGUGUCUGGAUGCCAGUGAUGGCUUCCUCAAGCAGAGGGUGAUGAAUCUCCCCCAGAGUGAAGUGGAGGGAACACACAACACAGAGGAAGGCCUCACACGGAGACUCAAGUUGUACCGUGAGCAAAACGAAGACGACGUGACAGUGCUUAACUAUUUUGAUGAGCUUGAGAUCCACCCAGUGCACAUCAAUGUGGAGGGUGACAGCGGCCCUCUGACUGUUGGUAAAGUGAAGGAGAUCCUUGGAGAGCCUCGUAACUACGGCCCCAGUCCAGAGGAGAAGGCAGAGGCUGAAAAAAGACGAAAGGAGGAGGAGGAAGCUGCAGAGUUGAUAUCACGUGAAGAGAGGAAUCGUCAGGAGGAAGAGGAGAAGUUCCAGAGAGCCAGGAGAGAGUCAGAGUGGGCAACUCAAUUAGCUCAAGUUCAGGCUGAGGAGCAGGAGAUGUUAGAGGCGCAAUCCACCCCUCUGCGUAACUACCUGAUGCAGCACGUGAUGCCCACUCUCACCCAGGGUCUCAUUGAAGUGUGUAAAGUCAAGCCAGAGGAUGCUGUUGAUUAUCUGGCUGAGUACUUGUUCAAACACAACCCACAGAUCGAUUGACAU